AUGGCACUGCGACGUAGAUGUUUCCUCGUUUGCCUAUUUCCGCUUGUACUUCUCAUUAUUAUGGCACUGAUUGCAACACGACAUAAAGAUGUUUCAUCAGUACUGGAUUACCAGCAAUACGUACGCUUCUUCCUGCCUGAUGAAUCUGUUAAUGUCAAAAUUGAUUGGAAAAUAGUAAAUGUCAGCUCUUUGACACCUGAACAGAUUAUUGAAUACCUGAUGUGGUCUAACCAAACGUCGUGUAAGCUCUCACACGAUUUCGGAGGGAAAAUGCUCAAGAAUCCAAGCGGACUCGACGGCCAAAAAGCAGUUUGUCUCGAUAGUCAAGUGGCACCUAAAGCUGGUCGUUGUAUUGUUUAUUCGUUUGGAAUCAACAACGAAUGGUCGUUCGACGAGGCAAUGGAAAGUUAUGGGUGUAAAGUGUUUGCAUUCGACCCAUCAAUGAAAAUUGGAAACCACAAACACAGUCGAAGUGUCACGUUUUAUAAUUUCGGCAUCUCCGGGAAGGACCAAUUUGACAAUAAGAAAGGCUGGGAUCUAAAAACUCUUUCAUCUAUUUACUCAAUCCUGAAAGAAAUACACCAACAAGCAGAUGUAAAUAUCGAUUACCUGAAAAUAGACAUUGAAUGGGCCGAAUGGGAAGUCAUUCCCGACAUUAUUCGUUCAGGAAUGCUUGCCAAAGUGAGACAACUGGGUGUCGAGUUUCACUUGUCUCGCAACGCAAGUUUAGAUACGUUUUACAAGAGAGUCAAUAUCAUCAAAGCAAUAGAAGACGCUGGAAUGAUACGUUUUGAUUCAAAGUAUAAUCCUUGGUUCAAAGGCAAAAUGCCCGCCAUGAACAACAUUACAGCAUCUUUGGGUUACGAAAUUUCAUGGUAUCAAAUUCUACCAUGAAACAAAUUUGACGAAUAGUUUCAUCAAACAGUGCAUUGACUAAUGUUAAUCAUUAAAUAAACCUUUAAAUAACGUAAAUAUUUUACCUAUUGAGAGAAGAGAUUCUCACUGUCUCCAUGCUGUCUCAACCAUUUUCAUGUGAACGACGAUUCGUCUGCAAACAGCUGUUUUACGUACGUUGUUUCGUCCUUUCAUCUCAGUUGAAAAGAAAUAAAACUACGUUAAUGCUUUUUUUAUUUGAAUUGUCAAAGGAAUCCCACGGAGUGAAUGUCGUGUUACUAUUUAAGCAGAAAUGAGGAAAUGAGAAAUAACAUCGAAAUCAGUAAAAGUGGUGAGCGAUGUUGCAAGUUUAGUUAACCCAAAUCGGAGAAAGUGGAGUUACAGAAUGGAUAGAGUAGAGGUUAUUAUUCAGUUAUAUUCCUGGUAGAGUUGGAUUAUUAUUAUUUGUUGUUGUUGUAAGUCUAGUUAUAAGAAAGGACUAACACCGUAAAGCCAACCAACA